AUGAUUGAUGAUUUGUUCUUAGAUCCUCAAUUGAAGUAUUGGGUAUUGUUACCUAUUUCCAUAGUGAUGGUGAUAGUGGGUCUUGUAAGGUCAAAUAUAACUGGAUUAUUAGCACCUGAUCCAAAACUUGAUAAUUAUAAAUUAUCCAGAGAAAAACAUUUCUUGAAAAGAGCCACUUCGUUCAAAAUUGGAAAUUCUGUUUUAACUACUGAAGAAUUUCAAUCAAGACAAGAGUAUUAUGUUAACACAUUAAAGACCACAGAGUAUUUUGCCAAUAAGAAUAUCGCCAAUGAAGAAGCAGCCAAUCCCUUAACUGAUCCAACAGCUAAUGAAGCUUUAAUGAAUAUGGCUAAAGGUAAUAUAAUGAAUUAUAUACCCCAAACAGUAAUUAUGGCAUGGGUCAAUUAUUUUUUUGCAGGCUUUGUUAUAAUGAAAUUACCAUUCCCAAUCACUGAUAGUUUCAAGACUAUGUUACAAGCUGGGGUUGUAACACCUAACUUAAAUACUAGAUAUGUUUCAUCAAUUUCCUGGUAUUUUAUCAAUUUCUUAGGUUUGAAGCCAGUAUAUUCAUUAAUCAUGAACGAUUCAACUGCUGUUAAUGAAUUAUUACAAGCCCAAUCUCAACAGCAAAUGCCCAAUUUAGGAGCUCCCGGUGGACCUAAAGUAGAUAAAGUGUUUUUUGCUGAGUCGGAGAAUAUUCAAAUUUUAAAUCAUGAUUCCAUUUUCGAUGGCAUUGUUGAUAGAAUUGUCGAAUCAGAAUCUACUACCAAGUCAUCUGCAUAA